AUGGAUGUCAAAACAGGAUAAUAAAAAGCCAAAUUAGAUGGUCAUACUAGUUAUGUCUAGUCAGUCUGUUUCUCUCCUGAUGGAAAUACAUUAGCUUCUGGUAGUUAUGAUAAGUCUAUCCGUCUAUGGGAUGUCAAAACAGGAUAAUAAAAAGCCAAAUUAGAUGGUCAUAGUAAUUGUAUUAACUCAGUCUGUUUCUCUCCUGAUGGAAAUACAUUAGCUUCUGGUAGUGAUGAUAAGUCUAUCCGUCUAUGGGAUGUCAAAACAGGAUAAUAAAAA